CCGCAGCCGGUUUAAAAAGCCAAGAGUGAAUGCACUACUCACUGAACACAGGCGCAACGCUGAGAGUACGAGAUAACGGUCCACAACGCGGCAGGAAUAUAACUAUAACGGAGUCGGGUUUGCUUCAAUAGAUUAAACAGACAUUGAGAAUCAAGGACAUUUCAACAAUUUAAAGAUUAGAUUUUCCACUGUUCAUGUAUUUUGUCUAUUUUUCAUCAACUCCCGUUUUAGUAGCCUUUAUUAUCAAACAUCAUCUCAUCGGAAUACCAUGACGAGCUCUGCAGUUCAACUUCCCGGUUAUGCUCUUGCUUUGAUCGGUCUUGUUGGCUCAAUGAUUGCCACCACCAUGGUGGAGUGGAAAAGGCACUCUUACACAGAGAGCACGGUAACAUCAAAGGAAACUUACCUGGGGUUAUGGAUGUCAUGCACCGUCGACGCCACAAGACACACAAUGUGCGUCAAUUACAAGUCACUCUUUCACCUGCCAGCGGAGAUUCUGACCACCCGAGUGGUGAUGAUCCUCAGUGUCCUGUUGUCAGCCGUUGGGGUGCUGGUAGCCACGCUGGGGAUGAGAUGCACCCGAUGCCUGGAGGAGGAUGAAAAGCAGAAGGAUAGAGUAGCCAUUGUUGGAGGAUUCCUCUUCAUCAUUGCAGGUGUUCUGGCCAUAUCGGUAACCUCCUGGUUUGCCAACGCCAUCAUCCAGUCCUUUGAAUUCUCAGACUCACCUACUUCCUUACAUAACAGGUUUGAGUUUGGCAAUGCUGUGCUGGUGAGCUGGGGUGCAGGUAUCUGCUCUGUGGUGGGAGGAUUUCUCCUGGGCUGCAGGUUUAUGGGGAGUUGUCCCCAGGGCUCACGCUCAGUCUCAUCCUUCACCCAACCCAAAGUAAUCCCUGGCACCAGGCCUGGCACCCACUAUGUUUAAGGGGCCUCACUAUGCAUAGAGGAAGCCCUAGGAAGCUGAAUUCGUUGAGGCUUAAACCAAGAGAGCCUACUACUCACACCGAAGGACUACAGUAGAGCAGAAUACGUGUAGUUACUCAAGUACUCUACUGUGUGUGAUUCGCCUACAUUAUAAUUGUGAGAGUUCAUUUGGGAGGUCUGUGUGCUCCAUGAAAGUAUUUUUCUAAUUAAUUGUGUUUGGAUGUGUGAAGAUGGUUGGCUGUGGUCAUGAUGUGUAACACCUGCCAUAUAUCUGUUUUCAACCUCAAGUCAAGUGCCUCCACUAAAGGAAUUUUCACAUAUCGCCAAUGUAGCUACCAUUUCAUUAUAUACCAUCACCAAUGUACAAUGCUGCAGAGUAGCAUUCCUAUGACUUUCUCAAAAUGUACAGGGGGGAAUAAGCAGGAAAUCUGGAAUCCCCAAACCAGGGCUUCUGGGAAACCUAGGAAUUUUGGUAAUGUUACUGGAACUGUGCAACUCUACUGCAGAGUAAGCGUCCAUAAAUAUCAGCUUGAUUGAACUGUGCCUGAUUGUGUUCUGUUGGGGCCAACAGAUUAGAAUACACCUUCCAUUUAAUGAUUUUAACUUUUUACCAAGGGAAAGUAUUGGUUUGGACAUGCAGAUGUGCAUACGGUUGGUUGACCAACGGCACAGAUUGCACAUAACAAGAAACUUUAUUUUCAAAUUUGUAAAUUUGAAAUGUGCACUUUAGAGUGUACUGUACUGAAAUAUUCCCUUAAUUUAGUACUUGAUCACGUGUUAUAUAUGGUAAAUUUGUCAUAAAUCUUCUGUAUUAUCAAGAUUAAUUUGCAUAAAAAUACUUCAUUUGAUAAAGAUA